ACUAAACACGAACUAACUACAAAACCGUUUCUGUAGAAAUAAGUACGACCUCAUAAGAUCUCCUUUUACUCCGUUUUGUGUAGUUAUGGCCGAUCGGCUUUGUGGAUCAACUUCAAAGGAAUGUGCAACUUGUCAGAGGCAAGAUUUACUGAUAAUCUCCUGUGAGGAGAAAGAACAUAGCUUUUGUCAGUCUUGCGUGACAACAUUCAUUGAGUCAAGCACACCAGCAAGAGAACCGCCAACUGGGUUGGCCAUACGCCUUAGCUGUCCUUUAAGCUCUGUUUGUGGAUCACAACUUGAACCUUACCUAUUGCAGGAUAUCAUUGACCAAAUCACCGCGAUGUCACAGGAAAAAACCACAAAAAGUCUUUCCCACAGUAGACAGACGAUUUCCAGUUCCUGUCCAAACGAGGUAUGCUCCUUUAUUUCUCAACACGAUGACGACGAUUUUGACGAGCUGUAUUUGUGGUGCCCAAAAUGUGUUUCAUUUUACUGCCGUACCUGUCAAAGACGUCUCGGUGAUGAAGGAUACGCCGACCACAUUUGUCCACCCGACCGUCAGAUCACUGACAUUAUUGAUGACGUCGAAGCCAGCAUAACUUUGUGCAAAGUAGUUUGCGAGGCUAAGUGGGUGCGAUGUCCCAGCAACUCUUGCAGGGCCAUUGACCUAGCGGGAGGUCUGAUAGAGAAGGCGAAGGAGGAUUGUAACGCUGUACAGUGUAGAACAUGUCAACGAUUCUUCUGCUUCAUUUGCACAAGAGAUCUGGGGACGAAAAGAGAAGAUGCAGUUAAGGCAUUUCCACACAAGAGUACUGACGAAACCAACGCUCCGUGCUGCUGGCUUUUUGACGAUGGAUUAAGCGGAAACACCGAGACAAGGGCGAUACUGAUACGACAGAUGAAUGCGGCAUCUGAUUAUCUUUGUUCCCUGCAACUGAGCAAAGAGAAGAAAUUGAUUUUGCUGUAUAAGAACAAGGAAGUACUGGGGGACGUAUUCACCCAUUUGAUAACGAAAUAUGGACCUAGAUGAGAUCAAGGAAAAUGUAUUAUAUUAUAAUUUUUUAAAAAAGCGUGUUACACACGUGAGAAGAUUUUGAAGCCCUUUAUUGGAAAUAGUGUUAGUGAUGGAUGUAUUAUAUUUUAAAAAAGCUGUUCUUAAAGUGCCUAAAUAUGAAUUUUACCUUGUAUGAUAGAAACCUAUCGAGCUUUUUUAUCUUAUUCAGUGUAUACAUAUAGAGAAUUCACAUUUUUGUUAUCAAUUGUGUUCUGAAGAAGAAGAAGGACACAAUUAUAUCUACCGUAUAAAUCGUUUCAGUAAAGAGGAAGUUUGUUAUUUCUAAGCGCUAUGAAUCAAUAAAUAUUUUUUUUAAUACCUAUA